AUGACGUCGGCGUCGUAUGCGACGCUGCUGGAUAGCCUACUGGUAGAUCUGCGGAAGCAACUGUUGCAGGCCUACGAUACCUGUCAUCAGGAGGGGACAGUCAGCGCAACAAGUAGCAUCUCGCAGAUGUCGCAGACCAUGGUGCAAGCGUCGCAUGCCUUGUCGUUGGCUUCCAGCAUACCACAGGUGGACGCGACCAACUUCGUGAUCAAAGCUAACAUUUCAAGAGGUUCCCAGUCGGAAAGGCCGAAGGGGCAUCUUUCCCCAUCCAUAGAGAGCGUGGAGUCAGGCUUGGACCACGGAGACGCCUCGCAGGUCAUGAAGAGCGGUUUGGCCGGGAAGAGCGAGGCGGAGACGCAGAAAGUGAAGCACCGCUUGCGGUUACGGCUAGGAGCCCUGUCAGCAUCACGGCUGGUGACGGGCAAAAGUUUGCAUGAUGCGGUGGCAGUUUUGGGCCUGACUCGCUACACCGUGGAAGACAUGAACAACUUCGUGAAUUUGUUGGCGGAUUUCAUCCACCUGGAGUUCCGCCAUGACCACUCCAUGGACGACGAUGAGGACGCUGAAACGAGCAAAGAGAUUUCGGAGGAGGGUGAGGAGGUGACCACGGCGGACGAAACAGAGGCCCUGGGCAAGGCCGUGUGGCAGUGGCCCGACACCUCCAAUCUUAGCGCGGGCGCACCAGGUAGUCAGCCCAGGGUCACCGCGGCGAAGACCAGCACCUUCGAUGCCAACAUCAUUGCCACGCGUUCACACAAUGUGGUGCCGGCGCAGGCACUGGUAGACGUCUUUUUGGCCCACGAGGGGCCAGUUCAAAAGAAGAUCUGGGGCGGUCAAUUGUCCAUGUACCGUGCAAUGAAGGAGAUUUUGUUGGCCUCCGAGACCAAUCGCUUGGUUGCGGAGCUCACGUUUGUCCGCAUCAAUGAUUUGGCAGCCCCUGUGGAGCGUAUGAAUGCCUUGAUGUACAUGGAGCCACUUGUGGCGAUUCUGAUUGUGGCAAAUGGCCUGAUGAUCGGAUUUCAGACAGAUCCCAGCUACGAGAGUUGGAAUGGUUGGAUCUACUUCGAGAUGGUCUUUGGAUUUUUCCUCGUUCUCGAGAUUGUGAUGAGGAUGAGUUUCCUGAAAUGUCGCAAGUAUUGGUGCGGUCCUGACAGGUAUUGGAAUUGGUUCGAUUUGGUGCUGGCGGCUGCUGGCAUUGCAGAUUUGACAAUUCAAUUUAUCACUGCUUCCAGUGGUCUAGGAGGUACCUCCUUGUUACGUUUCUGUCGCCUCAUUCGCCUCGUGCGGAUCGUGAAGGUCUUUCGGAUCAAGGCCAUGAAAGAUUUGCGCUUGAUGGUGAAAGGCUUGGUGGCAGGGAUUCGGACGUUGUUAUUGGCAUUCACUCUGCUAUUUGGUGUCCUCUAUGUCAUCUCAGGUUUCGCCACCAUCACCAUCGGCACCAACCGAGAAGCGGAAGACCGGGGGUUGGCGCGCUUCUUUGAGAACAUUCCGGUCUCCAUGUUCACAGCCUUCAGAUGCUUUACCGGCGAAUGUGUGAAUGACGAAGGACAACCGAUACAUUCGAUCCUGGCGAGAAUUUUUGGUUGGCGCUUCAUUUUCUCGUAUGUGGCUAGCUACAUGCUUGUCACGAUGGGCAUUUUCAAUGUCAUCCUUGCAGUAUACGUGGACAUCACCAUGAAAGCGGCCAAGGAAAACGACGCCCAAACGGCGGAACAAUACUCGAGGGAGUCGGUGCGUGUGGCACGGACCACCCGGGAGUUGCUGAAAAAGUUCGCCACGGCGUAUCACAUCUAUCACUCGGAGGACCGGGGGCGAAAGGUACCGAAAAGGCUUUCUCAAACUCGGAUGAAUAUGGGCGGUCUCUAUGCUGAUGUUGGUGAUCAUGAAGAAAUUGCCAUCACCAAAGACUUGUUUCUGCUGAUCAUUCAGGACCGGACGGUGCAGAAGCUCAUGGACGAGUUGGAUCACCGAACUCCUGCAAGGUCUUCUGAAGAUUCGAGGCCACCGGAUCGGCGGAUCCGCUAUGGUCCGCAACGGGUGGGCCUGUUCGACAUGGGGAUCCCGUUGCACAUUGGUUGGUGGUUUGAGCUGCCCACGCAUAGUGAGCCCGAACUGACCGGCAUUGUUAUGGUAUCAUUGUUGCUAUGGGUUGAAAGCGCAAACUAG